UACAAAAUUUGAGUGCACAGUCUGCGAUCACAUAAAAAAUAUUAUUUGAUGGUGUGAUAACGUUUCAACAUUGUGUUUAGAUGCAGAGCACAAAUAUGCCCCCAUUAGGAGAAUGUUUGUGUUAAUGUAACUGCUCUCUUAUGCAUGACGCAAAUAGUAAGGGAUCAGCGGUAAACGAGGCCACGCAUUGUCUGCCCCCCGCCCUCCCUCUGCUUGUCAGGAAGCAAGCUGAUUGGCCGAGGCCUAGCAAAGAGUGCCCGGGGAUCCAAAACUGCAGGCCGCACUUAGCUUACCGUCAAAAAUAAACUAAAACAAUAACAGACAAAACUGGGGAGGGAGAGAAACACCGAUUGAGUCAGAAGACGACGUUAUCAGGAUUGUUUACCUUGAUGGAAGGAAGCAGAUCAGAUAUCCUCUUGGUUUUAUUCUAAAGGUUUCUCAUCAAAUGUGAAGGGUUUUUUUCCAAGUAAAGACAUGGAUCAAGGAGGAGGGGUGUUGGAGCUACAUGCUCAAGAGCUAAAGAUGCCCCAUGCUAUGAUCAUGCAAGACUUUGUUGCAGGUAUGGGGGGUCUGGCUCACAUUGAUGGGGAGCACAUUGUGGUUUCAGUGCCCGAGGGUAUGCUUCUUUCUGAUGUGAUGACAGACGAGGGCAUUCUCCUGGAGCAUGGCCUUGAGGUGGAAGGCCUGGAGACCCAGGUGGUUCAAGGCCUGGAGACAGAGGUGGUCGAAGGCCUGGAGACAGAAGUGGUGGAGAGCUUGCAUGCAAAUGUGGAAGGGUUGGAGGCAGACGUGGUUGAGGGGUUACAGACACAUGUGGUUGAACUGGAGGCUCAGGUUGUCGAAGGCCUAGAUGGUGAAGUGGAAGUGGAGGGUCUUGAGGCACAAGUGGUAGAAGGCCUGGAAACUGAGGUAGAUGUUGAGGGCCUGGAAGCUCAUGUUGUCGAGGGCCUUGAGGAGGAGGUGGAAGUGGAGGAUUUAGAAGCUGAGGUUGUUGAAGGUCUGGAGGUAGAUGUGGAAAGUCUGCAGUCUCAAGGGGUGGAGGCCCAUGAAAUGACCAGUGAAGACAUGGUUCCCUCAGAACACAGCGUGAUCAUGCCUGAGAACAUCCUGGGGACAGAAGUUGCAAUAGAGGAAGCUCUGGACCCUCACCACCACCACCACCACCACCACCAUGUCCUAGCUUCAGACCUAAUCCAGGACUCAGACCACCAUCAUGAUGACAUGCCAGACCAGGUGUUUGUUGCAGAGCUACUGUCUGAGCACCCGGACAACACCCUGGAUCACCAGCUUGUGUCAGAAGGCUUAAUGGUGACACAGGCCAACUCUGAGACAAUAAUCCAUGAACAGCUGCCAACUGAGGCUGUUCCCCUGCAGACAGAUGAGGAUGACGAUGCAAGGAGCAGCUCUGAGGAUUACCUCAUGAUCUCCUUGGAUGAGGUGGGAGAGAAGUUGGACAUAGGAGACGCUCCCCUUGAGAUCAGCACUGAGGUAAUGGAGGACAAGGAAUGCAAAGAGGAAGAUGGCUCUGAAGUCAUCAAAGUCUACAUCUUUAAAGCUGAAGCAGAUGACGAUUUAGGUGGAACAGAGGUAAUAACAGAGGAUGAUUACCAGAAUGGCCAUCCUGAUCUGGAAGCAGCAUCAUCAGGCAGACUGGGAGUUGGUCGUGACAAGAUGGUCUACAUGGCAGUCAAGAACCAUCCAAAAGAGGAAGAUGAUGAUGAGGACGACAGUGAUGAGGAUGCUGACAAUGAUGGCAUCAGUAAUGCCAUUGAUCAGGUGAAGAAUGGAACAGCUACACCAUUCCUGCAAAUCCGAGAGGGACUGGGUGCCAACCGUGCCUUAAAACCCAAAGCUAAGAAAAAGAAGAAAGGAGAGAUACGGCAGUGUCAGACCGCUGUUAUCAUUGGCCCAGAUGGCAUGCCUUUAACCGUCUACCCCUGCCACAUCUGUGGAAAGAAGUUUCGCUCACGAGGCUUCCUCAAAUGCCACAUGAAGAACCACCCGGAUCACCUGCUGAAGAAGAAGUACCAGUGUACAGACUGCGACUUUACCACCAACAAGAAGGUCAGUUUCCACAAACACUUGGAGAGCCACAAACUGUUGAGUCACAAUAGCGAGCGGUCUCCAGAAUACACAGAGUACACUCGGCGCUACCAUGAAUCCAGCCCACUGGGCUCUGACAAGCUCAUUGUCAAGGACCGAGAACCCAAACUGCAUCACUGCAAGUACUGUGACUAUGAGACAGCUGAACAGGGCCUGCUCAACCGGCACCUGCUGGCUGUGCACAGUAAGAACUUUGCUCAUGUGUGUGUCGAGUGCGCCAAAGGCUUUCGCCACCCAUCAGAGCUGAAGAAACACAUGAGAACCCACACCGGUGAGAAACCCUACCACUGUCCGCACUGCGAGUUCCGCUGUGCAGAUCAGUCCAACCUAAAGACUCACAUCAAGAGCAAACAUGGUGCAGAUCUGCCUUUCAAGUGCAGCCACUGUCCACAAGCCUACGCUGAAGCACGGGAACUCCAGCGUCAUAUAGAGAUGGUGCAAGGCCACAAGACCCACCAGUGCCCACACUGUGAGCACAAGAGCACCAACUCCAGUGACCUGAAACGACAUAUUAUUUCUGUUCACACUAAGGACUUUCCCCAUCAGUGUGAUGUGUGUGAGAAAGGCUUUCACAGGCCCUCUGAGUUGAAGAAACAUGUGGAGACGCAUAAGGGCAACAAGGUGCACCAGUGCCGGCACUGUAACUUCAACGCUCCCGACACUUUCACCCUGAGUCGCCAUAUUCUGUCCUUACACACAAAGGACCUCCCAUUCAAGUGCAAGCGAUGCCGACGAGGUUUCCGACAGCCUGCUGAGCUGAAGAAGCACAUGAAGAUGCACAGUGGUAGAAAGGUUUAUCAGUGCCAGUAUUGUGAAUAUAACAGUACGGACGCUUCUGGCUUCAAACGCCAUGUCAUCUCCAUUCACACCAAGGACUACCCUCACCGCUGCGACUACUGCACCAAGGGCUUUAGAAGGCCUUCGGAGAAGAGCCAGCACAUAGCCAGGCAUCACAAAGACAUGUUGAUGUAAUGUCAUCGCACACACAAACACACUCCUAUCCUGAGUAAUCUGCGUCGCACACCCAGAGGUAAUUUUAGUGUAUUAACAAAGAAAUGACAGAUGUAGACUGUUGAUGAAGGCGACUUUCUAAUUGCCGUUCUGUGUUGUAAUGGGUGUAACCCUCCACCCCCAGGGUUAAUGCAAGAACACAUUUUAGAUGGGGGUGAAGUCUAAAAAGAGACUUUGUGUACACUGAGUGGGACAGCUGUAAAUGUUGUUUUGUUGCGUAAAAUCACAUAUGAACAUAUAUUCAGGGUUUCAAAUGUCUAUAUUUUUAUACCCACUCAGCUGAAAUGCUGCAAGAUGAUGACUGUGUCCUGUAAAGAGAAAGCGGUGCUUGAACAUCAUGCCAGUUCUUCACAUGAUGUGGAAUGAGUAUAGGAGAGGUUUGCCUCCACAAUACCAACAAGUAUCUAUUUUCCUCCAGCUUUUACCCUGACUUUUGUUUUCAAUGUCAUCUGGUCUUUAAGGGGCAGGGCCAUUCAUGAGCUCAUAAUUGGAUUUGAGUAAUGGUGACAUGCAUUAUGCACCUUAAGACAUAUUAUUCAAUCUAGCAGUUGAAUUUUCACAAUGUUUCCUCCCAAGUCUGAACACUUAAAUUAAUCAUGUAAGAUGUAGUUUAUAUUAUGUUAAAUACAUCAGAAAUGUUUUGGUCUAGCAAGGAGGAGAAGGGUACAAUUGGUAUAUUAGUAGAAUAUCCCUUUAGUGUACACAAUACAUUUCUGACACGGAAAUCUGCUAUGAUGGUGCCGAUAAUUAACAGGUGUAUUAUAUGAACCUCACAGAUGUUUGGCUUCACGUUCAAUAACCCUGAAGUGGUUAUGUCUGACUGCUGCUCUAAGUUGCGCAUGUGCGAUAUUGCCUACGACACAGAUGUCCUCUCUCAGCUAACCAGUUGAUUGCAAUCAUGCCUUACAUGUGUUGGUCUUUCUCCCUUAAGCACUGGUGAACACAGCUAAUCAAAAAAUAAGUGAUUUUUAACUCUCAAACAUGCUGUAUCAAUACCAUUCUCUCAGAGGUUGUGUGUUUGAGUCAGUAGAAAGCACUUUAAUAACUUUUUUGUAUUUUAAUUACAUGUAUGGGGAUAUAUGUACAUAUAGAUCCCAAAAUAAACAGAGAGCUUUGUGAGUGGGUAAAGUUAAUGAUUGUUUUGAGUGUUAUCUCUAGCAAGUGGGCACAAUCCAUUACUGCAUCAAAACUGAAUUGUCAUUGAAAGUGGUGGAUGAAACCAUUUGUUUUGUUCUAUGGAUAAGUGAUUGGGUUUUGUGUUUUGUUUGUGCUCACUAACAACUUCCCAUACCCCAGUUCCACAGUCCUAAGUAACCCCACCCGGUCCCAAGCAUUGGAGUACUCCCUUGAAAUCAGUGGUCAUCAUAUUGGCAUUAGUCUUUAAAGUAUGCACAUAUAUGCUGUCUCCAUGAAAUGGAUUGUGGUAUAUAUUAAAAAUCCCUGCAUUUUGUGUAACUUAAUCUAUAUUUUCUUUCAGUCAGAUUGUGGAUAAACUACUGGUGGGGAAAAAAACCAAAAUAAACAAUUAUCUUUUUAAGCUUUUGUCCUUUCUGUACAGAGAAAAGGAAUUCAUUGUACAUGACUUCAGAAAGGUCCAGUCAGCAAUUUUGUCACUAUUUAACUAUGAGUAUACUGUAUGCACCAACGUACAUACAUAAUUA